CUUUAGAAGAUGCAAAAAGGCGUAUGUUCCGUCCUUGAUCCUUCCUCUUCUUUUGCAGCGGACAGCAGCUGUGUGCUUUUUCAAAAAGAGUGAAAUCCUGAACGUCAUUUGUGUACGUGCAGAUCACCACCUGACAGCAGCUGUGUGCUUUUUCAAAAAGCCGCCGUCACAGACAUCUGACAGCAAGGGCUCUUCUUCUUUCCGCAUCCUCAGCCUCACACUGUGGUAUGUAUUACUGGCCUGCGACAAGAGUUUGCAGAAGGUUUCUGAUAUUUUUUUUGUUUUCUAAAAGGGUACAAGCGUUUUUCUGUCGAGCUUCCUUCUCGCAAUCUGUACCACCUUUCCUGCGCUGGUUCGUCUGCAAGUAUGAUAAGAUUCAUAACGAUGACCCAGAAAAAACGACAACUCUGGGUCCGUGCAUGUUUAUUUCAGGAAAGGCGGCUGUAACGGAUAUGGAGGCGAGCGACCAACCCGCCUGCCGUCUGACCAUUUUGCCUGACGGGUUCUGGCCGACUUGCCUGCCGUCUGCUGUCGCCGAUCCAAGAUGCAGAAGCAACUUUCCCUGCCGUCUACGCUUGCCAACCCAAGCUACCGACAUCGGACGGGCCAGCGCCUAGUCUGGGUGGCUCUUGUAUCUGUACGUUCAUGCCAAAUAUAGGAGAGGAUGGAAGAGUGGAUUCUUCUUGAUUGAUGCACUUUUUUGUGUUUUUAAAGACCCCUGUAAUUGGAUUGGAGUUUGGCACUGCAAUGACUGUUUAGGCUGGCAGCCGAGGUCCAGAUAAGUGUUGGGGAAUUACCACUAAGGUAGAUGUUGUCAUUUGAUCAAACGCAGGAGAACAUACUACAUAUCCUUGCAGGAGAACAUACUACAUAUCCUUAGGAACUCGCCAGGAGGGCUCGUGCAGGUGUUCCAGAGCCUGUGAGCACUUUACGACUGCCAACCGUUUCCAGAUCCUGUGCAUUGGCGUUCUUUUUUUAUAGGUUCAGGUGUCUGUGGCUAUUUUUUGGGCCAGUUCUUUCUUUGGUUUCUGCCAUUUUCUUCCCUUUCACAUGCAUGGUACAGAAUCUACAGAUGUACACAGUGAUUCUGAAGCUUCUGCUUGCUGAUGGGCCAUCUGAAGUUCUGAAGCAACUAGUGAGUGAAAAAUUGCCUCCAGUAAUGGUCAGGAAGAGAGACAUCAGGAAAGUUGGCGGAAUGAGGCAAAACAGUGGCACCAUGUCUGCAGGUCAGCAAAGUAAAGAGAGCUUGAAUUUCAAGAUAAGGAUUCAGAUUCUUUGAACUUGAAAAGAAAUCUUAAUAAUAGAUUGGUGGCCGUGCCUGUGCUAGUAGCAGAGCUGUAUCUUCUCUGCUUCUGGAGGCAUAUAUGUGCAUCUGAGUUCAAUGGCGGAAAGUAGGGGUUACUUGUUUUGAAGUUGUUUCUACUUUGUCAGGGUAAUCAGCCGCCGCGUGAUGGCCUGGAAGGCAAGAUGAGGGAGGGGUUAACAUGUGGAAACAGGAGCAUGAGCAUGUGGAAACGGGGGUGUCAUUGUCACCGAACCAGGUGUACAGUCAACAUGCUUGGAGUGGCUGAGGUUUGGGGUUGUCAAGCGGCUCAAGCCCGCGUGUGAUAUCGGCAUCGCUGGUAUGGUUUACUAUACUCGGAGGCGACAAAAGUGCAUGAAAACUACCGGCGGGAGAUACUAUAUUUGUAAGAACGCUAGAUCUGUUUGGUCUCAACAUGUCUGCGCUGGUUGUGAUGGCGGCGGGGCAUCACUGACAUGUUUGAUUGUGUCCGAUGAGACCAACGUGCAUGAGGACAACCAAGGGAGAUGUUAUGUUCGCAAGAAGGCAAGAUCUGUUCGAUCUCAACACGUCUGCGCUGGUGGUAGGUUCAGGUCACCAGGUCGCGUGCAGGCUCCGUUCGGAUGAUGUUGAUGUUUCUCCCAGUGGUAUGGGGGCACGAGACAACCUCCUUCGAAAUUACACUGCUGCUAUGUCUACUGACUGCUCCUGCUGCUACCCCUACCACGACUACUGGUCGUAGUGGUCGUACAGUCGUCACCACCACCAAUACCUCCACUUCUGCUGCUUUGAUUACUAUCAGCGCUUAUUCUCUGAAGAUGAGGUUUCAAGUUGCUGUGCUUGCUGUCAAGGUCUGUCAUGACGAUGAGGAAUGGCUCUCUCAUAGGGUGAUUCAGUGAAGGUAGGUUGGGACCCAGAAAAAAAAGAACAGGGUCAGAUUUGUCCACCAGAGGAGUCUGGGCAUAUGUGUUUGUGUCUGCUAAUGCGGUUUCUGUUUGCAAUGUGGUUUUCAUAUUGAAGCCAUCAAUGCAUGAAUGCAAGGAAACUUUAUAUCCAGUACGGAAUACGUGGAAUCUGCAUUUGUCUGCAUUGGAAAUUCUUAUGCUAACGCUUAAUUUGUUCUUACAUUAUUCGGAGUGUUUUGUGAAGUCCAGGAACUGUAUCAAGCCAUCGCAUUUCCGUACACUAUGUAUGAGGAGGCAUAAUAUGAGCGCGAGCUCAUGCAAGGGGGUGUCAACGGGUGUCACGGGUGAGUUGUUUUCAUGAGGACGUAUGUGGCACAAUAUGUACACGCAAAAAUAUUCAUCAAAUGAAGCUCGCAGCAAAGUGAGUACAGAGUUUGUGCUUAUCUGUAGAUAUUCUGAUGUUAUGCUCCACAGAGAGAGAACGAGAGAGAGAGAGAGAGAGAGAGAGAGAGAGAGAGAGAGAGGUUAGAGUUGAGCGGGGAUGGCAGUCCCCUUGUCUCAAUGGGCGUCUUUUGUCUUCUCGGGCAUUCUGUUUUUUGCACAAUCUCCAGCUCGACAGCCGUUUUUUGGACUCUUUUUUCACCUUCUCAGCUGUUUUUUCCAACAUGCAUCCCUAACUCUCGUUUUCUUGAGCUCUUGGUGUGUUAUGACACCAAGUCCUUGAGAUGCCCGUAACAAAUUUUCAAAGCCUUUUGGCUGAAAUAUUCUUGAUGUUUGCUGAUGUCAACAUCAGUGGCAUAUGUAUGUACCCAUCGUGUUUUGUGUGAGAGCGAAGAAGCGGUGGGUGCGAAGGAGGGACGUAGAGCAUGGACUUAUAGGUCUUUUAUAUGUGUCCCUCGACUACAGUAGAGGCACUUGGGCCCAGGUGGUCCUGGGCGACAUGCCCAGUGCAGCCCAGGCUUUUUGUCUUCUGUGUUUUGAAAAAGCGGUUGCCACGGACUGAUGCACUCUCCUAGUAAUGCCCGAAUCUGGGCCGCUACCCAUUUUUUGCAUGAUGGGUUUUCAGGGAUUUGAGGGACGCGGGGGUGAGUUUUUUUUUUGGGAUGGUGGAGGAGGAGAAGUGGGCGUAGAUGUGGUGGUGGUGCUUGUUAUGUGUGUGUGUAGGGGGGGGGGAAGGGGGAUAAGACCUCCAAGAUCACAUUGUGGCACAUUGCGUCAAAAGCCCACCUUGUAUACGAUAUUUGAAUAAGACCCGGUGCCAGGUAAGCCCUUCGGAAUGAACCAUGCAAAGGCCACAAAAUGCACAAGGACAAGGGAAAAACAAACACAAGCACAGAAC